AUGGAACUCAUCACGCAUGCGCUGACAAGCAUGAACCGCCUCAAGAGUGGAAAUGGCCCAAGCGAUGAUAUGCUGCUGGGCAGCCCCCAUAGUGCGGUUGCCGACCCAAGGGCAGUACUCCGUUUCGCCCUCUUUGUGGGAACUCCACAUCAGGUUCAUUCGGUGUUUGCAGAGACGUCGGUAAUCGUGCAAUUGAAAAUGAAGAAAGGUGUAAUGGUAAUCACUGUGAAUCUCGCGGAAACAAGGGUUGCCUAUAUCAUCUUCUUGAGAUGGAAGACUAUUGUCGCAGCAUAUAUGCGAGAUAUCAUAAGCAAGAAGCACUUCGCGUCCGUGAAUGACCCUGUUCAUGAAAGAGAUAUUGUACUCGGCUGUCAGUUGUUGAGACAGACCCUUCUUGGUGAACUCCAGGUUGCUGGGAACCAUCAUGGUUUCUAA